CCCUGUUCUGCAUGCCUUCAGCGGAGCUUGUCAUGUCCAUUCCCAUUAUACCCUCGCAUCUCAGCCUUUUUUGAAUACCCCUUCGCGGCUUGAUGAACAAAAAUCAAGGGAGACGGUUGGAAAAGAGCACCUCGGAUCCGGACAAGGCGAUGUCUAAAACCACUACGCCGUGUAACGCACUCACCUAGCUGCAGGCUAAGCGAUAUGAACUUUCCGUAUCCAAACCCACCUGUCUCAGUUUCUACUGAGUAGGUAAUACCACGAAAAGACUCCGAAGUCCGAAUGGAUCAGCCUCAAGGCAUGCCCGAGUCGGUAACACGUUCCACGACAGCCCGUGACGUGGCUAACAUGAACAUCAACGAGGAGCGAGACUGUCUGCACUUAUAGUGUUGUCCCUGAAAUACCCUCAAAUCCCUAGUCUCAUCACUUGAACUGGCAACAACAUCAUUAUCCACUUACUAGCCUAUCCCCAAGCAAACAAACAUGGACGCCCCCAAACCCCCCUCGCAAGUCUUGAGCGGUCCUCCACCCCCCCUCAGCCCCUCCAUCUGGUCCUUCCUCCAAACAGGCCUCUCCACCAACCCCAACGGCGCCGCCCUCAUCUCCAUGCAACAGCCCCCUACCCAUCUCUCUCGACUGGUCGGGCCGCAUCCGGGGCCUCAGCCCAUCCAAACCCCCGCCUCCCUCGGCCCCGACCAGCUGCUCACCUGGUCCUACGCCCAACUCAGCCGCGGCGCCGCCCGCCUCGCGACCGUCCUGAAGCGUCACGAUGUGCCGCCCGAGUCGACCAUCGCGACCUUUAUUCCACAGAGUGCGGAGUCGGUUCUGUUUCUGUGGGCGGCCGCGGCGGCACGGUCGAUGAUCAUCACGCGGAGUCCGGAGGAGUUGCUGCAGGAGGAGAAGGUGGGGUAUUAUUUUGAGACGUUUGGGCCGGCGGUGGUGGUAGUGGUGGAUGAGGAGGGGGUGGGCGUUGUGGAUGAGAUGAGGAUGAAGCAUAAGCAGCAAGGGCAGUUUCUUGGGAUUUGCCUAGGUGUGCUGAAGGGAGAGAAGAGGGAGGGGUGGUUGAGUAUGGCGGAGAUUGCGGACAUGGAGUUCACGGAGGGCGAGAGCACUGUGGAUCCGGCGGCGGUGAAUGAUCGACUGGAUCGGCCGGCUCAUGCGCUGUUUACGAGCGGUACGACGGGGCCGAUGAAGUGCGUCCCCCAAACCGUCAAAAGCCUCUCCGCCAUAGCCGCCCUUCUCGCACCAAUCAGCCGCAACCCCCUCGCUCCCCAGCUCGUCGGCAUCGCCCUCAGCGGCAGCUUCGGGGCCACGGCAAUCUCGCUUCCCUACAACGCCGCGUCCGGCGGCGGCACUGCCGUGGUAGCAGGCCCCCGCUGGUUCUCAUGCGCCGACGUGAUCCGCGCCAUCGAGACGUGCCGCGUCACCUGGGCUGUGAUGGUGCGGUAUUACGCGAGUAUGCUACUCCAGCAUGGGGAAGCCAAGCCGGAGAGGUUCCGGUCGGUGCGGUUGGUAACGGUCAUCGGGGAGAUUGUUACCGAGGGCUUUUUGGCCGAGGUGCAAAAGAUGUUUGAAAAUGCCGUGGUUAUUCCGGGGUAUGGCAUGACGGAGGGAGGAACGCUGUUUGGUUGGCCUGAGGGGGCUCCGAGCCCCUUGCCGAGCUAUCAGGGGAUUGUCUCGUCGGGGGCGUUGCUACCUGGGUUUCGGGCGCGGAUAGUAGACAAGAACGGCGAGGUCGUCGAGCGCGGCCGGCAAGGCGAGUUGCAUGCCGGCGGGGACGUGUUUAUUGAGCGGUAUUGGGGUGGAGUCGAGGCCGAUCGGUUCUACGAGGACGAGGCUGGGCGGUGGUUUAGGACGGGUGAUAUUGCGAUGGUCGAUGAAGAAGGGUACUGGUACGUCGUGGGCCGGCUUAAAGACCGCGUUAGGAGUAUCGCGGGCGAGGAGCAUGGCGUGUUCCAUCCGUUUGCGCUUGAGUCCUCCAUCAGUACACGGUUUGGGGUUCAGGCACAAGUCGUCGGGAUCUCGACUACCAUGCUCAACGAUGUGCCUUUUGCCAUCCUGGAACGGCUUCCCGAAGGCGUCACCGAGGCCGAUAUUGCAGAACACUGUGUCAACGCAAUGGGUACUAUCUACGGCCUUGCCGGCAUCUCGAGCCUCGAACAGCUUGGAAUGGAGGGCUGGCCAAGAACAGCGGAGACAGGCAAGGUCUCCAAGAAGGCUCUGCAACGCGUAGCAUUGCAGUGGCUGGAGAAGCAGGAGUUUACUGCCUACGCGCUUGGCAAGUCUACCUGAGGCUUUAUGAAGAACGACUCUUUUAAGAACUGGGGGUUGUCCGGUAUUUCCCAUAUCAGAGCUCCAGGAUGGUUCCCAUGAUAGGUAGCGUCUCCUGGGUUCUCACUAG